CUGGACAAGUUGUGAAUGUUGUUGGGGAUUUCGAUAAACACAUCAUAAAUAUUGUCAAUUGUCAUCCGUAUAAACAAAUAAUCGUUUUAAAUUUAAUAAAUGUUCCAAAAUGGAAGUCUUGCUAAACAGUCGCCGUACAUGUCGCAUUUGUCUCUGCGAAAAGGAGUUUCUUGUGAACAUUUUUGUAAACGACAUACAGUUUGACCGCAAAUUAUCUACUAUGAUUUCAACUUGUAGCGAUAUGAAGAUCCAUGAAAACGAUAACCUGCCGAAGAAUAUAUGUAGCAUCUGCGUGGAGUCAGCUCGAAAUGCAUUCGCCUUCAGGCAGCAGUGCGAUGCGGCAAAUCAGACGCUCCAGUCAUUGUCUGUGCGGUACAAUCUGAAGAAAGAGCAAAUGGAAUAUAAGCUAGAAAACACCAAAGGAACUCAAACAGAUGGCGAUCAUAAAAUGGUAAAAAGUUCCGAAAAUUCACUAUUCGUCGAAGUUGAAUACCUGAAUGAUGAUGCGAGUCGCGUCAGCGAUCAAGGUGACAUUGUUGCAAGCGACGGAGCAGCUCCGUGCAAGCUAGAAGUAUUCGAAAACGUUGAAUUCCUCGCGGAAAACUUUGAUGAGGUGGUUGAAACAAUAAAAAGUGAACCAUCGAUCGACUUUGACUGUCCGGUUGAUGAUUCUGAGGGCUUGAAUGAAAAUCAAAACGAUUGUGACAAAUUGGACCGAAGUGAUGAAUUGUCUACUGAAAGGCAUCCGAAGGAGGGAUCCCGGGGAAGACACCAUUGUGAAUAUUGCGAAAAAUCUUUUGGAAGAUCUACUCAUCUUCGUCGACAUAUGUUUACCCAUACGAAGGAAAAGCCUUUCAAAUGUAAAAUAUGCGCCAAACCAUUCUCGAGAAGCGAUCAUUUAGCUAUUCACGAAUCAACUUUCCACUCUCUAGCGCGGCCUUUUGCAUGUCAGCUCUGUGAAAAGGCCUUCAAACGUGCAGAAUAUCUGCGAGAUCAUAUGGAAUCAAAGCAUAAUGAGACGGCAGCUGCUAAAAAUCUGGAAUCUUGCGAUAUCUGCCAAAAAGGAUUUCCCACGGUGAAAACAUUAGCGUCGCAUAGAAAAAAGCAUUUCCAACAGAAGGUGCACACUUGUGGAGAAUGUGGGAAACAGUUCCAGAACCGUAUUGAUCAUCGUAAUCACAUGAAACAAGAACAUUCUCAGGGAAAGGAAUUUUUGUGUGCCGAUUGUGGGCAGAGCUUUGUGCGUGUUGAUUAUUUACAGAUUCAUAUGCGACGCCACAAAGGUAUCAAGCCAUAUAAGUGUAAAUUCUGCCCGAAAGCAUUCCCACGCGCUACCGAUUUGAAAGUGCACGAAAAAUAUCACACAAACGAAAAGCCACAUUUGUGCAAUAUUUGCGGGAAAGGAUUUCACCGUGCGUACAAUCUGUUGGUCCAUAGUCGCACCCAUAACGGAUUGAAACCAUACAAAUGCCCACAUUGUGUGAAAUGUUUCGCCCAAGGUAACGAUCUUAAGGCCCACGUAAGACGACACACAGGAGAGCGCUACAAGUGUGACUUAUGCAGCGAAGGGUUUAUCCAGGUCUAUCAGCUUAACAAUCAUAAGCGGCAGGUCCAUAAUAUCGAUACGGCUGCUAGUGUGGGACGUGUCUCGAAAUAUAUUACCGCUACAGCCCAAGAGCAGCAAGUUCUGCUGCAACAACACCAUCAACAACUUGAGAAACUAUUUGCCCAGAAAAAGAGCCUCGAACAACAACAGAAAGAGUGUAACGUUGAACAUAUCGGUUCGGAUGCUUCGUUGGAAAGGAGAAUUCUCGAAACCGAUGAACGGAUUCAAGGCGUUGAGCGAGAGAUUGAGGAGAUCAACAAUCGUCUCCACAAGGAAUUGGGACGGCAAAAUGAACUACAAACCAUGAGAGAGGAGAAUAAUGAGGAAUAUAAUCCCGAUACAAAAUUGAACUUACAAAGCUCGAUGCAGCAGGAACCAGAAUUCGAUUGUCGAUUCAUCAACUACCUGUCUGCCCUUGAGGACUACAACAAUGGGGAAAACCCGGUCAACCGACUCAGGCAUACAAUUAUCUAGUAUUCAAACCAGACU